AGAGGUUGGGCGAAAGAAAUUGGAGGUGCGCGAGGUUGGCUGGACUGCGCGCAGGAACCUGAGAACGCGUUGCAUCGCGGAUUUUUCACCACACUCCCACACUCGGUAUGUCCUCUACUUACCCUUCAGUGGGAUAGCUCCUUGGAAAGAUAUCUCUGAAGCCACAAUCACAUCCCCGUCUUUCCUUUUGAAUUGUUAGAGCUGUCCGUCAUGAGAAGAAGAGCGGCAAUAUCCUGUUUCCUGGGAAUAUGGUUUGGCCUGUACCUAGAUAUUUAUCUCGAUCAAAUCAAUGAAAUAUUGUACGACACUAUGGAAACCAGCAAACGACAUUUGGCAUCGGCUGGACUCGAUUGGCAACAAAGUCUACUCGAAGCAUCCUCACCAUCAAUAAAGAAAGACAAUGCCCGUAUCAAACGACAAUAUCGACGAAAGUUCGUUGCGUAUCAUUCGUCUCCGUGGGAACAGCAAUGGCUGAUACACGCCGACGAAUGGAGCGCCAACUUGACAAACUACAUACGAGUACUGCAAGAAGAUCAAAAAGAUCUGAUCCAUGAUUUCAUGCUCGCUACAUGUACCGAUGAGCUGCCGAAUCCGCAUUCCGAUUGGUGCAUGCAACAAGACUUUUAUCGCGCGUUCUUCUACAACAAACAGUCGCGCCAAUGGGUUUGUCAAGCGUCGCCAGCCGGUAGACGCCAUUUUAUCAAACUCAUGGGCCAAACAAAGUCGCUAGGGCCCUUGCAGCCCGGGAAGCAGUACGAGCACAUUUUCAGUCGAUUCGAAUAUCUAGACCAAGAGACGGGGGAGACGUACUUUGAGUACAUUGAACCCUUGGUGGCGGGAUUGCGACACCCCUGGGCGCGUCUCAACUAUGCUGGCAACCGAUCUCCUAAUCCCGUCAUUGACUUUCGAGGAUACAUUAUACCUCCGCCGCCACCACGAGGAGGACCCUAUCAAAAGUCCGUGUACAUUGAUGCCGGUUCCUCCACGUGGGCCACUGGAUUGGGUGGCCCGUCCUUGGACUACUUUACCAAGGCAUGGAAGCGACAAGGGAUUGAUUUUUCCAAGAUUUAUGCCUACGAGCCAUCUGUGAGACCCAUUGACUUUGACACAGCCCUUCCGGAAGAAUACAAGAAUCGAACACAGUUUUGGCAAACCUACAUUGCUUCAUCUCCCGAUGCUGCCACUCCGACACAACCCUUUUUGCCCUUGGAGAUUAAGGAUCGUUGCGCCGAUGCCGAUUACGUGCUCUUGAAACUGGACAUUGACUCUCCUAGUGUGGAAGACGGUUCCAUUCGCUACUUGCUGGAGCACGAUGACAUUCCUAUUGACGAAUUGGCAUGGGAACAUCACGUGCAGCAUCACCCCGUGAUGGGUAAAAUAUGGCAGACUGGGAAAAGCCGACCCAACAACAAUCUCAACUUGGGAGAUUCCAUGAAACUAUUUCUGAAACUGCGCCAAAAGGGUAUUCGGGCUCAUUCAUGGGUUUGA